ACCCUGUAAAAUCUGCCCCCUCAGUCAGGGAGGGCGGGAUUUUUACACACACACACACACAUAAAUCCACGGCUUCCCAGCGCAAUGCCGCUUUCAAUCGAUAGACACAGCAGACUGGGAUCCCCUGACGACGCGGGCCGGCCUACUGUUCGUUCCGCCGGCAUAAAGCGCCCGGUACCCGAGCCAUUGCGGCAGAACGGAGUCGCACGUCGGGAAGAACAAAACGGUGCGAGACAAUUGAUAGGGCUCUGCUGAGAACCGGAAUGCGAACGAGUCUCCCAAUACACCGAUGUAUACAUCGCCCACUGCGGAUCGAGUCACGGGACGGUCAGGCGUCCGAACACACGACACGAAACGAGCUCUUACCUUCACUGGCGCCAUGUUCACUGCAAGGGACCGGCUUCCGGCUGGGUGGAAUCAACAUUGUGAACUUUUAUAAUCCCGGCCAGAAACUGUCGUGGAAGGGCUGGGGAGAAUGGAGAUGCAACAAAGACUUAGUGAAGCAGAAGUCCAGCCUCCUGUGGAAAAUGAGAUGCAACGUGUAUGGUUGCACAUGGCAGGACAAGCAAAUGCAACCACCCAUACCAAAGGGUGUAGAUGUGAAAGUGGGAGCCGUGCAGAAUCCUGAUUUGAUGGAGACAGCCGUGAGAAGCACGGAGGAACACCUGGAGAAACUUCUGAAAUGCCCGCUUCGCUGCCACUGCCACUCGGAAUCUCCGGAGGGGAAGGCCCCAAAUCCUCAGCUUUGCCUAUUGCCUGUUGCUGGGGCCGGGACCGAAGCGCUCGGCGGAGAUGGUGCUCAGUGUCGGAGAGCUGGUCGGAGGCUCGGAGUUUUCGGACGGACUCAGAGUUGGACUGUGGUCGGAUGCUGCAUCGGCAAGUUUGCGGCGCUGGAGGUUCACCGUCUGCGCGAGAUGAUGGGACUUUCAAGAGACUUUGAGACUUUUACCUUGCCCAUGGUCUGUUCUUAUUAAAUUAGGGUAUUGUUUUGCACUGUUGUAACUAUAUGUUAUAAUUAUGUGGUUUUUGUCAGUUUUUAAGUCGGUUUCUCAUGUGUUUCUGUGAUAUCAUUCUGGAAAAACAUUGUAUCAUUUCU